GCAGCUAACCAAGCUGUCAGCCCAUGUGGCGUGGCCGGGGAGAAUGUCAGACAUUUAAAUUCUUCAGAGAAAGGGAAUCAAAGAAGCGAGAUAAAUUGAAAGGGCUAGGCAGGGAACUGGAAGAGAUUUGGAUUCCCCCCGAGCUACUGUAACAGGCACACACUCACAAGCACGCGCUGAAGAUAAAGAAGAUACGGGAUUAUCAAAGGGAAUACAUGCUAACUGUUUACUAACAUUUUGGUCCACUAACUGCUUUUGAAGAACACUUAAAACACCUUUUAACAGAAUGGACGAGAUUGUCAUAGCCGGGAUAUCCGGCCGGCUGCCUGAGUCCGACAACCUGCAGGAAUUCUGGGAUAACCUCUUCAAUGGGGUCGACAUGGUAACAGAGGAUGACCGUCGGUGGAAGCCAGGCCUGUACGGUCUUCCCCGGAGGAACGGCAAGCUGAAGGACAUCAGCCGCUUCGACGCUGCCUUCUUUGGAGUCCAUCCCAAGCAGGCCCACACCAUGGACCCCCAGCUGAGACUGCUGCUGGAGAUCUCCUACGAAGCCAUCCUGGACGGGGGCCUGAACCCCACGGACAUGCGCGGCAGCAGGACGGGUGUGUACAUCGGUGUGAGUGGCUCGGAGGCUGGCGAGGCCUUCAGCCGAGACCCAGAGGAGUUGCUAGGAUACAGCAUGACAGGCUGCCAGCGCGCCAUGUUUGCCAACCGGCUGUCCUAUUUCUUCGAUUUCAAUGGCCCGAGCACAGCCAUCGACACCGCCUGCUCCUCCAGCCUGUUGGCUCUGGAGAACGCCUUCAACGCCAUUCGCCAUGGCCACUGUGACUCUGCCCUGGUGGGCGGGGUCAAUCUCCUGCUCAAACCAAACACCUCGGUGCAGUUCAUGAAACUGGGCAUGCUCAGUCCAGAGGGGACCUGCAAGUCCUUUGACUCCUCAGGUAACGGGUACUGUCGCUCUGAGGCGGCGGUGGCCGUGCUGCUGACUCGGCGCUCUGCGGCCAGGAGGGUGUACGCCACCGUGCUCAACGCAGGCAACAACACAGACGGAUACAAGGAUCAGGGUGUGACCUUCCCGUCAGGUGAUAUGCAGCAGCGCCUGGUCAGCUCUCUCUACAGAGAGGUCAACAUCACACCUGACCAGGUGGAGUACAUCGAGGCCCACGGCACCGGCACCAAGGUGGGCGACCCACAGGAAGUGAACGGCAUUGUCGGUGUGUUCUGUCAAUCCAAGAGGGAGCCUCUGCUCAUUGGUUCCACCAAGUCCAACAUGGGCCACCCAGAGCCCGCCUCUGGCCUGGCUGCCCUCGCUAAGGUGGUGCUGUCUCUGGAGCACGGUGUUUGGGCUCCCAACCUGCACUUCCACAGUCCCAACACUGACAUCCCUGCCCUGACUGACGGCCGACUGCGGGUGGUGGACCAGCCAAUCCCGGUCCGGGGCGGCAUCGUGGGGAUCAACUCCUUCGGCUUCGGGGGCUCAAACGUCCACGUUAUCCUCCGCCCCCCUGCCGGCACCCCCAAACCUGGCAACCAGGCUGAGAAACCUGGCAACUUGACCCCCAGCCCUGUGCCCAGGCUGUUGCAGGCAUGUGGGCGCACCGAGGAGGCUGUGAACGCCCUCCUAAGCAAGGGGAAGGAACACGCAGGCGAUGCCAACUUCCUGUCCCUUCUCAACGAGGUGUCGGGGCUGCCAACGGCCGCCAUGCCCUGCAGGGGCUACUCUCUGAUUGGCUCUCCCACUGAUGUCAUGGAGGUACAGCAGGGACAGGCCACGCCCAGGCCUCUGUGGUACAUCUGUUCAGGUAUGGGAACUCAGUGGGGCGGCAUGGGGCGGAGCAUGAUGCAGCUUCCUGCGUUCCGGGAGUCCAUCCUGCGAUCAGACACGGCGCUGAAGGACACAGGCCUGGUCGUGUCCCGUCUGCUCAUGGAAGCCGACGAGAGCACCUUCGAGGACACGGUCCACGCCUUUGUGGCCCUCGCUGCCAUACAGAUAGCCCAGAUCGACCUGCUCCAGCAGCUUGGCCUGCAGCCCGACGGCAUCGUGGGCCACUCGGUGGGCGAGCUGGCGUGCGGGUACGCCGACGGCUCCCUCAGCCACUCAGAGGCCGUCCUGGCCGCCUACUGGCGUGGUCGCUCCAUCAAGGAGGCCAACCUGCCUGCCGGGGGCAUGGCCGCCGUGGGCCUGACGUGGGCAGAGUGUAAGGCUCAGUGUCCCCAGGGGGUGGUGCCUGCCUGUCACAACGCAGAGGACACCGUCACCAUCUCAGGACCUCAGGAAUCGGUGAGAAAGUUUGUUGCAGAGCUGAAGGAGGCUGGUGUGUUUGCAAAGGAGGUGCGCAGUGCUGGAGUAGCCUUCCACUCUUACUACAUGGCCUCCAUCGCCCCAGCCCUGCUAGCUGCCCUGAAGAAGGUGAUUAAGGAGCCGAAACUGCGUUCCCCCCGCUGGGUGAGCACCAGUAUCCCCCAGGGGGACUGGGACUCCCCCUUGGCCCUCUACUCCUCAGCAGACUACCACGUCAACAACCUGGUGAGCCCUGUGCUCUUCCAGGAGGGCCUCAACCUGGUGCCAGACAACGCCGUGGUCCUGGAGAUAGCCCCUCACGCCCUGCUGCAGGCCAUCCUGCGUCGCAGCCUGAAGCCCACCUGCUGCAUCCUGCCCCUGAUGAAGAGGGGCCACGCCAACAACCUGGAGUACUUCCUGUCACACAUCGGCAAGGCCUACGUCAACGGCAUCAACGUGGACAGUAACAAGCUGUACCCGCGGGUGCAGUACCCGGUUCCCCCCGGCACCCCCCUCAUCUCCCCCCUGCUGCAGUGGGACCACGCCCAAACCUGGGACGUCCCCAAGGCUGAGGACUUCCCUGCUGGGGCCGGAGGCUCCACCUCCGCCACGGUGUAUAACAUAGACAUGAACCCAGAGUCACCAGACUACUAUAUGAUUGGUCACUGCAUCGAUGGGCGUGUCCUGUACCCGGCAACGGGGUACUUGUUUCUGGCCUGGAGGACCCUGGUGAGAAGCCUGGGCGUCGUCAUGGAAACGACCCCCGUGACCUUUGAGGAUGUGACCAUCCACCGGGCCACCAUUCUGCCCAAGACUGGCUCAGUCCAGCUGGAGGUGCGUCUCAUGCCCGCCACCAACAAGUUUGAGGUGUCGGAGAACGGCAACCUGACCGUCAGUGGGAAGGUGAGUCUUCUGGAGGAGGCGGCGCUGGACUCAUUCCACGCACAGAUUGGCCAGCCCAUUGCCAAGGACAAUAGUGACCCGAAACUGAAGCUGACGGCAGGAGACAUAUACAAGGAGCUCCGUCUCCGUGGUUAUGACUACGGCAAGACCUUCCAGGGCAUCCUCGAAUCGAACAACGCAGGAGACGUGGGGAAGCUGCAGUGGUCUGGUAACUGGGUGAGCUUCCUGGACACCAUGUUGCAGAUGAUAGUGGUCGGCCUAUCGGGACGCAGCCUACGUCUGCCCACGCGCAUCCGCUCUGUGUGUGUGGACCCCGCCCUGCACCUGGAGAAGGUUCUGGACUACGCUGACGGGAAGAAAGCUGUGGAUGUGCGCGUCAACCGUUGCCUUGACAACAUCGUGGCAGGAGCGGUCCAGAUCAGCGGCCUCCACGCCACCGUGGCACCCCGUCGCCAACAGCAACAGGCCCCACCCACUCUGGAGGAGUUUGUGUUUGUGCCCUACACAGAGACGGAAUGUCUGGCGUCCAAUGAGAAGCUGGGAGAGCAGCUCAGGCACUGCAAAGGACUGAUCCAGAGGCUGCAACAUAAACUGGCCCCCCAGGGCGUCAAGCUGGCCCUCCCAGGUCUGGAGGGGGUAGCGGAAGCUCCCCUGGUGACCGGUGCGGAGGCCUCUGAGGUGGGCCUGCCACGGCUGCUGGCCCUGCUGUGCAGCCUGGAGCUCAACGGGAACCUGCGCUCUGAGGUGGAGCAGACGGUGCAGCAGGAGAGGAGCUGCCUGCUCCAGGACCCCCUCCUCAUGGGCCUGCUGGAGGCCCCCCACCUCAGACACUGUCUGGACACAGUCCUGGAGAACAGCCCCCCUGGGAAGAUCAAAGUCCUGGAGGCUCUCUCCAGCGACGGACGUCUCUUCUCCCGGGCCGUCCCCCUCUUCAACAUCCAGCCCAUGCUCCGCCUCGACUACACCGCCACGUCAACCACCGCUGACCUCCUGACCCCCCUCCAGGCGGCGCUGGAGGAGCUGGGGGCGUCAUCGGCUCCCUGGGACCCCCAGAGUGUCCCCGUGCCUGGCGCACUGGGCGGGGCCGAUCUGGUGGCCUGCAACCACGCCUGGGGGGCGUUGGCGGGCGAGGCGGGGGCCCUGGUGGCCAACCUGGCCUCUGGGGCCAAGGAGGGGGGGUUCGUCCUGCUCCACACCCUGCUGAAGGGGGAGACCCUGGGGGAGACUGUGGCCUUCCUCUCCUCCUCCUCCUCCAACAGCCACCAAGGGCUGCUUACCCAGGCUGAGUGGGAGAAGGUGUUCUCUGAUUCGUCACUGAACCUGGUAGCUGUCAGGAAGUCCUUCUUUGGCUCUGCCCUCUUCUUGUGUCGCCGGCAUUUGCCCGCCAAAGAGCCCAUCUUUCUGCCAGUGGACAGCAUGGACUACAAGUGGGUGGAGACACUCAAGACAACCCUGGCUGAGCCUUCUGACACCCCCGUGUGGCUGACAGCAACCCAGGGGCAUUGUGGGGUGGUGGGCAUGGUCAACUGUCUACGCCAGGAACCAGGGGGCAGCCGCAUACGGUGUGCGUUUGUCUCCAACCUGAGCAAGACCUCCAAGUCUCCUGUACUGCAGCCUACCCACAGUUCCAUGCGGCGUGCGCUGGAGGGGGACCUGUGCAUGAACGUGUUCCGGGACGGUCGCUGGGGCGUGUUCAGACACCAGCUCAUCUCCCAGGACCUGAGUGAGGAGCAGACGGAGCAGGCGUACGUUAACGUGUUGACCCGUGGUGACCUGUCGUCCCUGCGCUGGAUCGCCUCCCCGCUCCGCCAUUUUGUCCAGAGCAGCCCCCAGGUGCAGCUGUGUGGCGUCUACUACAGCUCCCUCAACUUCAGGGACAUCAUGUUGGCUACGGGAAAACUACCACCAGACGCUAUCCCAGGAGAUCUGGCCCUGCAGCAGUGCAUGCUGGGUAUGGAGUUCUCGGGUCGUGACCCCAGCGGGCGUCGUGUGAUGGGCCUGCUGCCCGCCAAGGGCCUGGCCACCUGCGUGGACGCCGACAAGCGCUUCCUGUGGGAUGUGCCGACCGGCUGGACCCUGGAACAGGCUGCCUCCGUGCCCGUGGUCUACGCCACGGCCUACUACUCCCUGGUGGUCAGGGGCCGGCUCCGCCCCGGAGAGAGCGUUCUCAUCCACUCAGGAUCCGGGGGCGUCGGCCAGGCCGCCAUCGCCAUAGCGCUCAGUCAGCGUUGUCGAGUCUUCACUACAGUCGGGUCGGCGGAGAAGAGAGCCUACCUCCAGGAGCGCUUCCCUCAGCUCACCCCAGAGUCCUUCGCCAACUCCCGAGACACAACCUUCGAACAGCACGUCCUGCUGCACACUCAAGGCAAAGGUGUUGAUGUGGUGCUGAACUCCCUGGCUGAGGAGAAGCUGCAGGCCAGUCUGCGCUGCCUGGCCAGGCACGGGCGCUUCCUGGAGAUAGGCAAAUAUGACCUUUCCAACAACUCUCCUCUGGGCAUGGCUCUCUUCCUCAAGAAUGUGGCGUUCCACGGGAUCCUGCUGGACGCCCUGUUUGAGGAGGGCAACCGGGAGUGGGAGGAGGUGUCUGAGCUGCUGAAGCAAGGCAUCAUGGGUGGUGUAGUCCAGCCUUUGAAGACAACGGUGUUUGAAAGGGGCCAGGUUGAGGAGGCCUUCAGAUACAUGGCCCAGGGCAAACACAUAGGCAAGGUCCUACUGCAGGUGCGAUCAGAGGAGCAGGGUUCAGAGCGCUCCCAUGCGGUCAGCGCUCAUCUCUCCAUCCCCGCCAUCUGCCGCACCUUCUGCCCCGCUUCCCACUCUUACAUCAUCACCGGCGGAUUGGGUGGCUUCGGCCUCGAGCUGGCUCAUUGGCUGACGGAGAGAGGCGCCCGCAAGCUGGUGCUGACCUCACGCUCCGGCAUCCGCAACGGUUACCAGGCCAAGCGGGUGCAUGAAUGGCAGGGCCAGGGCGUGCAGGUGCUGGUCUCCACCAGUGAUGUCAGCACGCUGGAGGGGGCGGAGCGACUCAUCAACGAGGCCUGCAGGCUGGGGCCGGUGGGAGGAGUCUUCAACCUCGCCAUGGUGCUGAAGGACGGCAUGCUAGAGAACCUCGACCCCCAGAUGUUCCUGGACGUCAACAAACCCAAAUACAACGGCACCUUGCACCUGGACCAGGUGACCCGUCGUCUCUGUCCAGACCUCAGCUACUUCGUAGCCUUCUCCUCCGUCAGCUGCGGCCGCGGCAACGCAGGCCAGAGUAACUACGGCUACGCCAACUCCGCCAUGGAGCGCGUGUGCGAGAAGCGCCACCACGACGGCCUGCCGGGAUUGGCCGUCCAAUGGGGCGCCAUCGGCGACGUGGGCGUGGUCCUGGAGACCAUGGGCGGUAACGACGCCGUGAUUGGCGGAACCCUCCCCCAGCGCAUCGCUUCCUGCCUGGAGGUGCUGGACCGCUUCCUGUGUAGGCAGAGCCCAGUGAUGUCGAGCUUCGUGCUGGCGGAGCGGAGCGUGGUGAAGAGUGAGGGGGCGGGGCAGAGAGACCUGGUGGAGGCUGUUGCUCACAUCCUGGGCGUGCGUGAUGUCAGCACCCUGAACGCUGACGCCUCAUUGGCUGACCUUGGUCUGGACUCUCUGAUGGGCGUGGAGGUGCGUCAGACGCUGGAGAGGGACUACGACAUUGUCAUGGCGAUGAGGGAGAUCCGACUGCUCACCAUCAACAAGCUCCGGGAGCUGUCCAGCAAACCAGCCGGAACUGAGGAGUCUCGCCAGUCUCCAGUGAAAAGGGGCGGGGUUCGGGCUCUGCUCGAGUCCGACCUCAACCUGCUGCUGGUCAACCCUGACGGCCCCACGGUCACCCCCCUCAACCAGGUGCAGAGCGCCGAGCGGCCGCUGUUCCUCGUCCAUCCCAUAGAGGGCUCUAUCGCCGCCUUCAAGACCCUGACCGCCAAGCUCAGCGUACCAUGCUACGGUCUGCAGUGCACCAAAGCGGCCCCCCUGGACAGCAUCGAGGCCCUGGCCGCCUACUACGUGCAGUCCAUCACCCAGGAGCAGCCGGAGGGGCCCUACCGCAUCGCUGGCUACUCGUUUGGGGCGUGCGUGGCCUUCGAGAUGGCCUCCCAGCUGCAGGCCCAGGGCCGGCCCGUGGAAUACCUCUUCCUGUUCGACGGAUCCCACUCCUACGUGGCGGCAUACACGCAGAGCUACAGAGCCAAGCUGACCCCAGGGAAGGAGUCUGAGGCGGAGACAGAGGCUUUGUGUGCCUUCAUCCAGCAGUUCACCGGCAUCGAGUACAACAAGCUGCUGGAGACGCUGCUCCCCCUGUCAGACCUGCAGGCUCGGGUCAGCACCACGGUGGACCUCAUCACCUCCAGCCACAAGAACGUAGACACGGACUCCCUGAGGUUCGCCGCCGCCACCUUCUACCAGAAGCUCAAGGCUGCCGACGGUUACGUGCCGGCCGACAAGUACCAUGGCAACGUCACCCUGCUGCGCGCCAAGGCCAGCAGCGACUACGGAGACAACCUGGGUGCCGACUACAAACUCAGCGAGGUGUGUGAUGGGAAGGUGUCUAUCCACGUCAUCGAGGGCGACCACCGAUCCUUCCUGGAGGGGGAGGGGGUGGAGUCGAUCAGCAGCAUUAUCCACAGCUCAUUGGCCGAGCCCCGUGUCACAGCCAGGGAGGGCUAGGGUAGCCCAUGCCCCCCAGCAUUCCAAAUCAACCAAUUUCCUGUCCCUCCCUGCCCCCCAAACCUCAACUCACCAUCCUAUCAAAGCCCUAAACAGGCUGUGUACUCAUGGGAACUACUUGUAUACGCUUGUGCUUUACCAAUAAGUUGUUGAGAAUCCUUUCUCUUUCUUACCUUUUUUUUUUUUUUUACUCAAAUUCUUAUUGCGUCUAUCCCAGGCUUGUAGAGUAGUGUUACACAAAGCAACUUCUCUUUCCCUUUAAUCCUAAUUGAACUGAAAACCCUCUCACACCCCAUAGUCUAGUAGGAGAGCUGAGUUACCAUGCCAACCUGUCUAGUGCCUGGAACCAUUAGCUAACAAGGCCCCAAUCUACCACAGUAUAUAACCCUACCUGUCUUUCUGAUGAAGGCUGAUUUAGUGUCCUGCGUGUGUGUGUGUGUGUGUGUGUGUGUGUGUGUGUGUGUGUGUGUGUGUGGAUCUGUACCUACAGUAGACCUACCUACAGUAGUACAGGUGUGUGUGUGUGUGUGUUCCGUCCUUUGCCGAACCCUGGCCACGAACCCUUAUGAUGCCGAGCAGGUGCAUGAAGCAUCUCUGUCCCCACAACAUGGUGUCUGUGUCUGUCUGUGUACGCGCUAACACACAGCUUACUCGUACAGUAGUGGCUGUGCACCUGCCCAGACCACCAGUCUAAACUAUGUUAAACCCUAUAGCUCAGUAGCUAGGAGAGCACCUGUAUCACAUGAUUAUCUCAUUGUAGGGUGUUUUUGCUUUACAAAAGAAAAAAAACGGAUUUGUUUACCAUUUGGUCCUAAGUUAUGAUUCCUAUUUUUGUUAAUUUUUAUAUAUUUGUUGUUUUGUUGCCUUUCAAGCAAAUAUGUAGAGUAGUAUAUACAGUACAGUUACUGUGUAGGUUGUUUUACGGGCGGACUUGCCCAGCAGAAACGCUUAGGAAUACAGACACCGUCUGGGGAGUGAUGGAGCGAACAGCGGCUAGAUGGCUCCAGUCUUACACAUGCUGGAGCAACUGUGUGUGUGUCUGUGUAACACUGCGCGCUGAUGAUGGUGGUGGUUAAGACUCCUGUCUUUCGAUGCGGGAAAUGAGUAGAUUUCAGCCCUCCCCAGGUCUGGUACCUACUGUGUUUCUGUGAGAGUCUGUCUUUCAGGAGACCUGAUUGGUCAGCAGCAGGUCACAUGUCUGAUGUCAGCUUCCUUGGUGGAGGAAAUAUCUGGCUGCUGUUGCAAUGUCAGUGUGUGUAUAACCACCAUAAAUGACUAAUAUUACCAUUUUAAUCACGUUGUGUAUUUGGUUUUUCUGUAAAUCUUCAAUGUGAAAAACAUUCCCACAUUCCGGAAAUUUUGUUACUGUAAUGUUUUGAUUAUUGUUUAUAAUAUCAAGGCUGUCAACAAGCAAUGCUUCUAAAUGCUAAAAACACCUUUCUCAAUGAGACUGAGCAGUGAUGGAGUGUCUGUGCUUGCUGAGGUGAAGUCCUGCCAAGCCAGGUUCCUCUCUCUGGAUAUCAGGGGCCUUGCUUGAAUACUCUAAAAACCCUCCUUUAUCAUUUCCUUGGAGCAAACUGAUGUGGAGGAAUGGAGGAUGGAUAGAGCUCAUGAGUAUUGAGAUGGGUAGAGGUAAUCUCUGCUGUUCUGCUGAUAGUAAUGUCCCUCAGGGCAUUGUCAGGUGUAGAAUCUUCUAGAACAGGCGUGGGGUGCUGGUAAACAGCAGCUCCAUCUCCUGGUCACAGAUCAGAUGUUACAAACUGACCUCUGCCUUCUGCUGUUACUGACUCCCAUGACCCUUACUGACCCCUGACCCCAGUCCUCCACAGGCAGGGUACCCAUCACAGAUCGCAACAGGUGGGCUUGACCUCUGAGACCUCUGAUUGGGUCAAUGACGAGUCAGAUGACCCGACUGGUGCGUGGUGAUUGGUUACAGUGAGGAGGAGGUGAUGGCAUGUUCCUCUCUAAGUGUAAUAUGUCCAUGUAUUUAUUGUACUAGUCCAAAUAAAAAAAAAUAUCACUAACA